UUCUGUAGAGAAGAAUGCGCCACGGACGGACCUGCCUGUAGUGUACUUCCAGAUUGAAAAUGGCGGUCUCUGUGUUCCCCGGUGUACGGCUCCUGUCCAUCGGAGACGCCAAUGGAGAUAUACAGCGACACUCGGAACAGCAACCUCUGCGAUUGGAAGUUAAAACCACACAGGACGCCGCAUUACUCAACCUCUCUAAUGGGGAAGAUGCGAGUGUCUUCAAGUGUUCCGUUUCGAGGGAAACAGAAUGCAGCAGAGUGGGGAAGCAGUCAUUCAUUAUCACACUAGGCUGCAACAGCGUCCUAAUUCAGUUUUCUUCACCUGCAGACUUUCAGUCUUUUUAUAACGUCUUGAAGAACUGUCGAGGUCAUCUUUGUGAGCGGUCAGUUUUUAGUGACAGAACAGAAGAAUCAUCUGCUGUACAGUACUUCCAGUUUUAUGGCUACCUCUCACAACAACAAAACAUGAUGCAGGACUAUGUGCGUACAGGGACCUACCAACGGGCUAUUUUGCAGAACCACGCCGACUUCAAGGACAAGAUCGUGCUUGAUGUUGGAUGUGGCUCUGGAAUUCUGUCGUUCUUCGCAGCCCAGGCCGGCGCUAAGAAGGUCUAUGCUGUGGAAGCAAGCACAAUGGCUCAGCAUGCAGAGGUACUGGUUAACAGUAACCGUCUAGGGGAGCAUGUGGUCGUUGUACCAGGAAAGGUGGAGGAGGUGACGCUUCCUGAACAAGUGGACAUCAUCAUAUCCGAACCAAUGGGCUACAUGCUUUUCAAUGAGCGGAUGCUAGAGAGCUACUUGCAUGCGAAGAAGUUCCUUAAACCCAAUGGUAAAAUGUUCCCCACUGUUGGGGAUGUUCACAUUGCUCCUUUCACAGAUGAGCAGCUAUACAUGGAGCAGUUCACAAAAGCCAAUUUCUGGUAUCAGCCCUCCUUCCAUGGUGUAGAUCUAUCUGCGCUGCGGGGUGCAGCAGUGGAUGAGUAUUUUCGCCAGCCUAUUGUGGACACAUUUGAUAUCCGCAUCCUGAUGGCGAAGUCAGUCAAAUAUACAGUCAACUUUCUGGAGGCUAAAGAAGAGGAUCUUUACAGGAUAGAGAUCCCCUUUAAAUUCCACAUGAUGCACUCUGGCCUUGUACAUGGUCUGGCUUUCUGGUUUGACGUGGCAUUUAUGGGAUCACUUAUGACAGUAUGGCUGUCCACUGCGCCUACAGAACCACUUACUCACUGGUAUCAGGUUCGCUGUUUGCUGCAGUCUCCUCUCUUCACAAAGGCUGGAGAUACACUAUCCGGCACUGCACUACUAGUGGCCAACAAGAGGCAAAGUUACGACAUCAGCAUUGUUGCCCAGGUGGACCAGACUGGAUCUAAGUCCAGCAACCUGUUGGAUUUAAAGAACCCCUUUUUCAGGUACACGGGUACCACCCCAAACCCGCCUCCUGGGUCACAUUACUCCUCGCCCUCAGAAAAUAUUUGGAACACAGGAGUAGCCUACAGCAUGAGUCAAGGGAUGUCCGUAUCAGGAAUGCCUGCGGCUUAUGACCUUAGUACAGUCAUUGGCAGUGGCCCAUCAGUCUCUCACAACAACCUAAUCCCUCUAGGUACGUCUUUCUCCGUUUUGCCCACUUUGCUACCAAUAUCUUCCACCAUGAUAGUUGAACACGAGUAUUGUGAACCACACCCACUCCAGGAUGGGCUCCAUCAUGAGCACAGGAAUUGUCCAGGGUAUGUCCAGUUAAUAAUCAACACAGUACAGACACCCACAUUGGAGCCACAACCGGCCAGUCAGGUCCCAGUAGCAGUGGUAGUAUCUAUCCGGUCACCAACCAGUUCACCAUGGGGGGUGCUGCAAUCUCGAUGGCCUCUCCCAUGGUCUUCCCCAGUAACACCAUGCAUUAUGGCAGUUAAGACGAAGACUUUGCAAAGACCCCUUUAACCUGCCCAUCUCUGCAUGACAAAGACGUCCCUGUAAAGAAGAAAAAAAAAAAACAACUCAGCCCGUGUCUCUCCAAAAUGACCCAAGGACCAUAGCCAAUACCAAAUACAGUGCUCUCCUGCCACUUAACUCCUUGUUUAACAUGGUCAUUCUCUUAUUGUCUGUCCAUUUAUUAUGCAUCGUCGUUGUUCAAGCGCACUCAUAUCCGUCCAACUCAUUUUAACGUGGCUGAAAUGCCCCCCGUGUAAGGCCGUCACACACAAAUGGACUGAUUAGCUGCAGUAGUCUUCUUACUUGCAUCAUAUGAAUUCAUUCUUAAUUUCUACUUUUCUUAUUGUCACGAACUAUUUUUUUGUGUUUCUCACGCAAUCAGGAAAAAAAAAUGUACUACACCAGCUGCAAGAUGAAGUUCUGCUCCUAGUUCAUAAUUACAUCAUGUUCAGAACUCUUUUAAAAAAAAUUUUUUUUAGUCUGUUCUUUACAUCAUGCCGUGUCAAGAUAGUAAGAAAAAAAAUGCACCAUGUUCUCUGGUGUAUUUGUAACAGGGAAACAUAUAUCUUUAAAUGUGAUGGAUUUUGUUUGUUUAGUCAUAUCUGAACUUCUUAUGAUCCGUUAAUGUUAGGUUCUUGAUAUUUCUGUUUGCAGACUUUCAUAAAAUUAGUCUUGAUGCACCUAAUAUGGAUCACACGUUCAUUAACGUGUAUGCUGAGCCAUGACAUAAAUAUGCACGUCUUAUAUUUUCUUUGUCUGCUGUAGAUUGUGUUUGGACUUCUCGUGACGACCCGGAGCGAGCAGUACAUUCAGCCCCCAAAUCCCUAUUCUUUCACUGCCAGCCAUUUUGAGAGCAGUCGACCCGUUCGCCGGCUAUUUUAGAACAUUUAGACUCAUUUUUAAGACCUACGGAAUAUUUUGUUUUGCGGUUAUCCGUACGCCAACUCUGUCAAAUAAAAAAAAUGGACUCUUUCACCUGAAAGCAAAAAGAUGAAUUCUUCCUUUUUGCGUACUUGAAUCAGAACACGGCUGGAUUGUGCGGUUGGCAUUUUUCAAGCAGUUUUAUACAGGUAGUCCCCAGGUUACAAAAUACUCGACUUAUAUGAUUUCGACUUUGACGCCGGAAUCCCGUCCCCCAUUUUGUCUCCAGUUGUUUUUUAGUCGGAUAAACCGUACCUUAUUGUACCUCACAGUAUCAUAUUUUUAACUUUAUUAAUAUGACGUGUUCUGUCCUCACUAAACAUGAAGUUGUUGAGUUAUACAGACACCAAACAAUUGUGCUGUUUGAAGCUUUUUACUUUUGACAAUUUGUAAAGCUGUAACACACAUGUACACUUAUGUUCAAAACAACAUGCAUUUUAACAAUAAACCACGUGACACAAAACAAUUGGUGUUCAUACGUCCAUCUAAUCUGAUCAAUAUGUAAAUUUAGUAGAUUAGCCUUAUUUGCCUAACUAAAGUCUACUAUCUUGUAGCAGAGCUGCAAAUGCUAAUGCAUUUACAAUUCUCAUUGAAAAUUGCUCACAAAUAACUCCACAAACUGUAGCUCUAAACUUAAUUACAAAUGCAUACACAAACCAUAGACUUAAUAAUGUAUUGAUGGGGUGCGGGGGCGAUAAAUAGGGGGCCUGCAUUGUUGGCGAGGCCGUCAAAGCUGACCAAUCACAAAUGGAAUCACAAAAAGCUUUUUUCGUUGGAAAUUCUUGUGAAUAAAUGCUUAAAUCCCUGAAUUUUUUUUUACAGAUAUGGACGUA